AAUACAUAAGCGCUACCUUGAGUGUUGAAGGUCCGGCUGCUGGGGUUUCCUACUACUUUGAUGACGCAUCUCUUGUGGAAAUACCCGAAUACACUACAUGGGAAGCUGACGCUAAUGCACGCAUUGAGGCUCACAGGAAAAACAAUAUUCGCUUCACAUUUGACAUCCCAUCAGACACCAACGCCUCAGACUAUGUUGUUCACAUAGACCACAUUCGACACCUGUUCGGCUUUGGAACUGCGGCUCGAAGCGACUUCAUCGUCCAUGAGGACUAUCAACAAUAUCGUGACGUUUUGUACAGCUUGUUCAACUCGGUAUCAAUAACUGACUAUGAUUGGUUCCGCGAUCAAGGCACUGCGAGUAAUCCAGACUUUUCCAGAGCUGUUGCCGCCACAGAUGAGCUUCUUAAAAAUGGUGUGAAGGUACGCGGUGAGUCAUUUUUCUCUGCUCGACCAGCGUCUGAGCCAACCUGGGUUUCAUCUUUAAACUCCCAACAACUGAGGGAUGCCGUUACUAAACGUAUUAACUACUUGACUGGAAUCACCAAAGAAAAAGUCUCCCAAUGGGUAGUGAAUAACCAACUACUACAUGGCAGAUUUUACGAGGACAGAACCGGAGAACUAAAUUUUACACAACAAUUGUUCAAGGCAAUUGGCGCCGCCGAUCCCUUUCCUGAGUUGCUGCUGAAUGAUUUUGAUGUUGUUGCGGAAGGAAACCACAAUCUGGGGUAUGUUGAUCAGAUUAAUGCCUUCAAAGAUGCUGAUGUUGGACUAAAAGGCGUGGGCAUCCAAAGCAGGUUUCCAGACUUCACCAAACCAGACAUAACCCUUGUGAAGGCCCGUUUAGACAAGCUAGCAGCAACAGGACUUCCCUUGUGGAUAACUCAGUUAACUAUAGGAUCAAGCGAUGAACAUAAGAAGGCAGACUGGUACGAGGAUGCGCUGAGACUCUACUUCAGUCACCCCUCUGUAGAAGGGAUCUCAAUUUUAGGUUUUUGGGACCACGAAGUCAACGGAAACAAUGCUCUAAUUCAUGGUUACACAUACGCGCUGGGCGAGGCUGGCAAGCGGUACCAGCGUUUGGUCAAACAAGAUUGGAGCACUCACGUGACACGUCCUCUGACGUCAGGAACAUCGUUUACCGUAAGAUGUUUUCAGGGAGACUAUGCUGUGGUUGUGUACUACAAGGGCAAGCCGGUACGACAAACUACAUUUACUCUACAUAAGGGUGACACGAGUUUCACAAUGGUUGUGGGUGCAACCGCAGAAAUUCAGCUGCCACCUGUUUUUGAUCCAUUCGCACCUCAAGAUAUUGACUUUGCUUCAUCAAGCUUGAACCUGCAGACAAUAGGUCACGGCACGUCCACGUCACAGUCUCAUCAACUGCAAUGUGUAUCACGCAGAUCAGCAGUGUCUGCAAUAGGAGACGAAAAGACAGCUAGCGUCAGUUGCAACGCUGGAGAGGUUCUUGCAGGGUGCUCCAGUUUUUCCACUAACAAUGACUGGCGUCGAGAUGGUGAACAAGUGACUUUUGUGAAUGGAAAGGCUGUUUGUACAGCAUUCAACGGACAUUAUUCUUCUGCUGGUGUCCAAGCAGAAGCACGAUGCUGCAGUCUCAGAACUCUUCAGUGCCGAUACAGAACUGCCGGCCCAUCAGGCACCGGGGAAAGGGAUCAGAUCAUUAUUCCCUGUGCAGAUAAUGAAUAUCCACUUGGCUGUGGUUCAUGGACAUUUGAAGCUGAGUCCGCUGGUACAAUCUUCACAAGUAACUUCUGUAUAGGACAGAAUGAUGAUAUAGUUGUUGGUGUCUAUGGAUUUGCUUCCUGCUGCCAGGCGACUCCAUCCCUCCACUGUAUCACAUUGUAUUCAGCAGUCAGUGGUCCUGAUGUUGGAGACAGAGCCGUGCUGUCUUGUCCCUCUGAACUUCCUUUUACACUGACCGGAUGCAAUGUGCAUGCGCCCAACGGAAGAGGUGCCGGAGCGUUCAUUGAAG